ACCUGUUAGAAUGUUAUUAUUCAUUAUAUCACAAUUUACAUGAGUUCAUGUUAUGCUAAAAUCUCUCAUAUUAAUUCUGAUAUAAAGUUAAAGAACAAUUUUAAAAGUAUUGCCAUGUAUUCUCUAAUUAUCCUAUGAUUGAACAGGUAGUUUGAUAGUUUUACUAACCAACAUCUUUACUGUACUGCAUGCACACCAGAGUUUUACUAUCUGUUAAUACAUCUACUAUUUCUCCUAGAAUCUCUCUAAUAUAUACCUCCACUGUUAUACAAACUACGGUAGAACAUACUGCCAUAAACAGUUCAUUACUAUAGACAAUUUUUUUGUUUCGUUCACAUACAGUCCUAUAUUGGAUUAAGUAUUACAUUAAUUGAUGGGGAGAUAUAUAUUGUUUGAUGUUCAUAGCUGGAAAUUACGUAAAUCAAGUGUUUACUUCUAAGAGAAACGGACAAUCUAUUUAAUUCUUUUUCAAACAGAAAUAACAGAAAAUUUAAUUGGUAUUAUAGACACGUUUGAAAAAUGAAACAGUUAAUGUAUUUUGGACACUACUAUAAAAAGAAAAUUAAAUAAUUUUGGGAAAAAAAACCCAAAUAUAUUAGUAAGUAAAAAAUUUAGAGAAAAAAAUAAUUAUCAAAUUUUAUUAUAGAAUUUCUUUAAUUUCAUUUCAACAUAUUAAGAGGCUUACCACCAGGAAACAGUGAUUAUUUUGUUAAAGGGGGAAAUCGGAAAAUUGACUGAUCAGAAAUAAGUUUUCCCCGAUUUUCAUUUUAUCGGAUAUCACUUAAUGGUGUAGGAUAGUGGAUUUAUAGCCAUUCACUGUAAACUUGUUGUUGUAUUCUAUACAAUAUCACUUAUGUAUGGAGAGAUUAGUUGAUAUGAUGUUUUGAUAAGGGUAUGAAUGAAAGUUCCAAUAUCUAGUGCAAAAAAGAUGUGAUGAUGAUGUGAUGAUGAUCAUCUAAUUGAACCCACGUCAAUAAGAAUAUUUAGACAACAAAUCUCCAAUCACGUAGGCACAGAGUCUAUGAAAAAAAACAACAGCGUACAAAGAAACAUUCAAUAGCAAAUGCACAAAAAACUGCAUUUAUACAAUGACAGUUCAUUUUCUUUUUAUAUUUGUGUGUAAACAUUAAUGAUGUAGCAGAAUAAGUGUGAUCGCUGCUCAGCUGUUACCACAACAGAAAAGAAGAAAAAGCAAAAAUCGGAGAGGCUUGUUAUUAUUAUGGUGUUGUGAAUAGAAAAUAUUCUAGCGUUGGAUUUACUUGAAUAAAGAUUGGAAUUAAAUGAUGUGUGUAAUUAAUAUUCGUAUGUGUUAAAAGGAAAUGCGUGCUCACCAGGACACAUGUGGAAUAUCUCGGAUAGUACCGUGCCUAAUAAAAGUAACAAUUCAGACACGGAUGCGGUUGACGCAGUGGUCUACAACUGGGAGGUACUCGUGUUACUGCCGAUAAUGUUGUUUGGAAUGACAGGAAAUAUUCUUGUGUGCAUGGCUGUAUCUAUGGAGAAGCGUUUACAAAGCGUGACCAACUACUUCCUAUUGUCAUUGGCAAUUACCGAUCUUCUAGUGUCCGUAAUUGUCAUGCCUCUUAGUAUUGUUCAUCAAUUCUUUGGUUACUGGCCAUUUGACUACAUUGUAUGUGACAUUUACGUGACAAGUGAUGUUCUAAUGUGUACAUCAUCUAUACUUCAUCUAUGCACAAUAUCUGUGGAGCGCUAUCUUGCCAUCAGCUCACCUCUCUCUGUUAGAAAUAAGUCAAAAGGUGUUGUUCUUACAAAAAUUGUUCUAGUUUGGAUACUGUCAUUAAUGAUAACUAGCCCGAUCACAAUUCUUGGGUUCAUAGAUCAUAGAAAUGUUUUGAACGAUAAUCAAUGUGCAUUAACCAAUCCAGACUUUAUUAUAUACGGAUCAAUUGGAGCUUUUUUCAUUCCUCUAUCAAUAAUGGUAACAACCUAUGGUCUUACAAUACGCUUGUUACGUAAACAAGCUUCUAUGUGUGGGCAGGGUCGCAAUAAUGAAGGGCAACCCAUGAUUCGCCGCUCAACUAGCAGAAAACCAAUCAAAUUUAGACAAAGAGUGAAGUUUGAACCAAGACGGACCAAAAGUUGUCCGCAUAAAAAGUGUAAUUAUCCGGAAUAUUGUAAUCGUACAAGGAGUGUAAAAUCUGUAGGCAACAGUAUAGAAAAAAAUCUACCGGAAAUACAAAUAAGUCCUCCUCCUUCACCUUUAUACGCCAAACAUAAUGAACCAGAAUUUGACACAAUUAUUGAAGAAAAUCAUAAUGGUUUAAACUGGCGGAAAGGAAGUAUUACCAGCACAACUUGCAGUACAAUCAGUGGGGAUUCUCCGAAAAGACUUAAAAGUUUAGUCAAUAAACAUCAAAGUGCCCUAAAAGCUGCAAGUAUUCUUUUAAUGAGAAAAGACAGAGACAAGGACAGCAACUCCUGCGACAGAUCUCCGCGUCAUGAACAAGAUGAUGUCAACACUGAACAGCGUGCAUCAAAAGUUCUUGGAGUAGUUUUUGCAAUAUUUGUGAUACUGUGGGCGCCGUUUUUUGUUGCCAACAUAAUGACAGUUUUAUGUAAGGAAUGUGAAUUUCAACCUUUACUUUUUACAGCUUUUGUGUGGCUAGGAUAUGUUUCUAGUACCCUUAACCCAAUAAUUUACACUAUGUUUAAUAAAACGUUCAAAAUGACUUUCAUAAAGUUGUUAAAGUGCCAAUACAAGACAAUACAGAAAUCACUGCGAGUACGAUGGCACAGUAGAAAUGGGUACCAAUCCACAUUUAGGACACAUUCUUACUAUAUGGCUGACAGUAAAGCAGAGUCCCAGCUCUAAUCAAAGGGAACCAAAUCAUUCAUGGGCAUUUGCAGUCUGUUAGGGAUCAAUGUAACACUGAAGUAACUAAUAAACAUACAGUUUGCAUACAGUUAGGACAGUGUAGCAUUGAACCCUCUCUGAAGUCAGACUCAAUUAUUUCUGUCAUAAAUCAUAACAGUACUUCUCUAUAUGUAUUAUCAUUUAUCAUUAAUAUUACAACUUUUCUUCAUUUUUCUUAUGCUACAAAACAUGUAUAUGAAUAUCUUAAUGCUUCUAGUGAAAUAAUAAAAGGUACAUAAAAUGUAAUAUUUUUCCUUACAAAACGUUGUCAAGGAAACAGAGAUGGUGCUAGCAUCAUUUAACUUGAUAAAGAAGGUCAGUGAAAAUUUAAACCAAUGUUGUUUGUAUUAAUCAUGUGCAAUAUCAUCAAAUUAUUACAAGAACAAAACAUUAAACUGGUGUCUUUCAUUUAAUUUUAUAAAGGUUAUAAGGUUUUUAUCAUCAUUAAAUAUUUAAUAUUUUCAUUUAUUUUGAUAUUUAUUGGGAGAUUAUAGUUUUAAAACAUAGCAAUCAUAAAUAUAUUACAGAUAUAAUAUAUACCUUAAGGUAGUCUCAAAUAGCUUAUAUUUCACAUAGGUUAUGUGAUCAAAUCAUAUAAGAUUAAUAACUGAUUGACAUGGAAUAAUUUACAAUCAUAGGUCAUGUUACAUAAUCAUUUCACAUGGGUAAUGUGAGAAUAUUAUCAAGGUCAAAAGUCAAACAGUCAUGUGAAAUAGUUAUGAGGGUCACAAAAGGCCAGGGGAAAAGUUAAAAAGCACAAUAUAGCUAGAUCACUCCAUUAGCCAGGGCAAAAUUUUAUUUAACAGGAUAGUAACAUCAAAGUUAACUGCUAAAAUCUUGAAUCAAUCUUGAUUUCCUAUACUAAUGUUGCUUUUCAAAGAAUCAUUAUACUACCUAUAUGAGAAACACUAAAACAAAGUCUAAAACUAUUUUUAUCAGUAUAUUUCUAUCACAUAUUUCUUGUAUACCCACACAUCCAUGGUUGGCUAUAGCAAACUCUUGUCUCCAUUUCUAAUGCUAUCAUUUAAAUCUACAACUAGAUAAUAGAUCAUUUCAGUCAAGUAUUUAAAUUGACCUUAAAGAUAAACUUGCAAUGUUUAAUUAGCCUUGAAGAUAAACAUAAAACAUAUAAAUGGAUAUGCACAAUGUUACCUUAACAUAAUUAUUAUCUCUCACUUGGCACUGCUAUUUAGACCUUUACACUCAGGAGCAAAAUGUGUUUUUUUUCUGCCCUAGAAAUUUUUUUGUACUUAAAUUUACAAAACCUUUUUACAAUGAGCCUGACACUGUUGCUUCACUGACAACCACUCAAACUAAUAUAUUUAUAUCGAUUGUUACAACAGGUAGAAAUAUUUUAUGUAUUUUAUUAAUGGUGAUUUAUUAAUGGUAUUUUUUAUAUGUCAAGAAUUACAAUUUUGUAUAUAAUGAUAUCAGAGAAAUUAUUAAUUGUUUUCAUGACAGAGGUGCAAUCUGAUAUCACCAAGUGUUUGUUACCCUAACAACACCAUCUCUAAUCUUUCCACAACAAAUUCUGAACAAUGUUAAAUGAUUAUUACCUUUGUCUCUCCUUACUUAUAAAUAAAUAUCUUUUGACAGGUUAUUUAUUUUUCAAGCAUUGUUAUGGCUCAUCACACAAUGUUAUAACUUAUUCUUUAAGUAUAUUAUGCUACAACUGUUGCUUGGAAACUUACAGCUCAAAUAGACCAACAAUUGCCAUCUGUAUAAAUAUCAGACUGGUUAUUUGGUUAUUUCUUUUUGCUCACAAAUGGUAAACUGAAACACAGUCUUAUGUUAUCAUUUAUAUAAUAAAUACCAGUUAGACAUAAUAAUUUAUAUCUUAGAACCAGUCAGACAUGAUCAUUUAUAUCAAUAGUUCUGCAAAAAGUUAAUAAAUUGAUCUGAUAAGAAUGAACAUACACAGUGGAAUUUGAAAGAUACAGACUCUUGGUAUUUGGUACUAAACAGUAGUGACUGUUAAGAAAGAUGAAUCAUCAUGGGAUUCUUGAUCAAAAGUCUGCACUCGUCUUUAAGGACUCUUUCUUGAUCCCAAACUUGUGUAAAGGUUAUAAAAUCUGAUUAACCAUAAAUAUAGAAUAGGGUUGGAACACAUAAUGUACACCAGGUUCAUCUGAAAACCAGAAAGAUAUAGAAAGGUAUUAUACACACACCUUAAUAUGAAUUCACAAAUAUAAGAUUAAUAUUUUGAAUGACCCAAUAGCGUGAGUACAAUCUUAAAGUUAAGAAUUAUAUUAUAUUUAAUUACUAUUAUUAUAUUAUAUAUUUUUUUCUUAAACGAAUGAUCAUGAAAACAAAGUUCAACAAGUUUUCAUAAUGACAUUAGAAAAAAGUAUCACAAAUAUUCAUGAUAAAACAAGGUAAAAAAUUUGAAAUAUUUAUCAUAGAAGCCUCUGUCAAUCUGUAUGCAGGGUUUGAUCAGUUUAUCAUAGGACCAUUUCAAUGUAUCAUUAAAAACAUAUUAUAGUGAGAUAUUCCAGUCAUUACAAUAACAAUACACUUCAGAAAUCAUCAAUAAAUACUUAAACCCCCCUAGGAACUGGGACUCCAUUAUACCCUCGACUCCAUUAUCCAGUUGUAAACAGAUUUUCAGCUAUUUUUUUCCCAAACCAUAGAAAACAUAUUGAUACAUCAAUCAACACUUUAAGAUAUUCUUAAUUGAUAUCCAAUUAUUAUUUUUUCUGUAUCUACAUUAAUAUAAAUCUUAAGGUUUAUAAAACAACUGGUCUAAGGAACAGUCUUACAUCACAUGACAGUGUGAUCACAACACUGUUUCUUGUUAACUGCUGCAAAAUAGUUUAGAAUUUUGUUUAGAAUUCCAUGCAUUUUAAAACAUUAAAAUGAUGUUGAACCAAAUCAUAAACACUAUUAUCAUGUAUUAUGGAGGAUUAUUAAAAACAUCACUUGUCUGCAGGCUAUCAAUCAAUGUUGCUGCCAAAACAAAGCAUUCAAUAAAUAUCCUCACCUGAGGUAACAAUUCAAAUUUCAAAAGUUCAUUUGUUCUUACAUUAUUUUUUUGUUGUUCUACUUGUGACUUAUUUUUAUUUUGACAUUUAAAGUUAGAUCAGUGUAAACUGCCCUGAGUUUAUGACCACUGACAUUAUGACCAUUGACAAUUCAGUGUCAUGACCAUCUUAUGUAUUGAAUAUGAAAUAUUAAUGUGACUAGUAAAUUAUAAUUGCCAAUGCAAAAUAUCCAGUAUUAGAUAAGGCACAUUUAUAACUUAACAUCUUUAUGUAUUUUUUCUUGUUUUAAAUAAG